GGCGAGGAAAGACUUCGGCGUAGGCGGUGUGGUGGGGGGAGCUCCCCCUGUCCACGGCCCUAGUUCUCCAGGGCCCCUUUCGCCGAAGGAGUGUCGUUGUUACUCUGCUUCUCUUUCUGACCUCGCCUUAACUUUCGCUCUCCAGCCCGCUAACUUCUGGGGACUGGACCCGGUAGAAAGUCUUCGGUUUGUUCGGCAACAAAAAACGCAUUGCACGAAGGCUCUGGGACGGAGGUUAGUGCCCUUAAUGGCACGAAGCUCCCUUAACACAGAAAAAACGCUGGGCGUUGUUGAAUAUAAGCAAAUAAAAUAAAUACUUAACUCUCUUCCAUUGACAGUAUUUACCAUGGAAGAACAAACUAUAAAGGACUCGCGACUAGGACCUCGGGCACAGCUUGCCUUAAAAAAAUAUGGGAUCUUCCCCUUAUGGAGUAGAGUAGUGGAUUUUUCUUUUCUUUUCUAAACGAAUAAAUAAAUAAUGCGAGCAUUCGAGUCGCGUCCCCGCCCCCCCCAAAAAAAACCUUUCCCGGGCUUCGCAAUCAAAAUUAUUUCCCAGCCUGUGUUGAAAAAUACAGUCGUAUCCGAUUGAACUGUAGUGGGAAGUGGCAGCAAAUGUGGAGUCAGUUUUAAAUUUUAAUAUGGUAAAUAUCAGUGUAGUAUAACCCAUGCAAACCAAAGCUCUUUUGGAAUUUUUCAUAAUUUUUAAAAGUGGGAAAGGGGUCCUGAGAGAAAACAAGUUUAAGACACUUUGUUCUGAACUGAUUCCCUAAAAGUUCAUGAGAUCAACUGGGAUAUCGUUCAGUGUUAUCAACAUAAUGGAAAACCAGUUAACUGAUAUUUCUGAAGAAAAUACAUUUCAAUAUCAGAGCUCCUUGCCUUCACUGCCAGUUCCUCCUCUUGAUGAAUCCCUAACGAAAUAUCUUGAUGCAGUGAAACCUUUCCUAAAUCAAGAAGAGUAUCAAAGAACUCGAGACAUAGUCAGAAGAUUUGAGAAUGGCAUUGGAAAGGAGCUGCAUAAAAAAUUACUUGAAAGGGCUACAGUGAAGAGAAAUUGGUUGGAAGAAUGGUGGCAAAAUGUGGCCUAUCUUGAAACCCGUUCAUCAACACAAAUCUAUCACAAUUUUGGAGGACCAGGCCCUUAUAUUGAACAUUAUUGGCCAAUUAAAGAAGGGACUCAGAUUGAAAGAACAAGCAUAAAUGUUUGGCACACCUUGAACUACUGGGAACAAAUGAGAAAGGAAAAGUUGGCUGUACAUAGAUCUGGUAAUAAGCCCCUGGACAUGGAUCAGUUUCGAAUGCUUUUUUGCACUUGCAAGGUGCCAGGCAUUGUUCAAGAUUCCAUUAUUAAUUAUUUUAAAACAGAGAAUGAAGGUGAAUGUCCAUCUCACUUGAUAGUGCUGUGUGAAGGCAGAAUUUUUGAAUUUGAUAGUUUACAUGAUGGUCAUAUUCUGAGCCCACCAGAGCUUUUUAGACAACUUUCCUACAUUAAGAACAAAUGUAAGGAUGAACCUGAAGGGCCAGGAUUGGCUGCCUUAACAUCUGAAGAAAGAACCUCAUGGGCAAAGACACGUGAUUAUCUUAUCAAACUUCAUCCAAAAAACCUGUCUCUGUUGGAAACAAUACAGCGUAGCUUAUUUGUAAUAUGUCUAGAUGAUUCAAAGCCUCAAGCUACACCUGAAGAUUAUUCAGAGGUCACCAGAUUGGCACUCGCAGGGAAUCCAACAUUGCGAUGGGGAGACAAAUCCUAUAACUUCAUUGCCUUCUCAAAUGGUUGUUUUGCAUCAAACUGUGAUCAUGCUCCUUUUGAUGCCAUGGUUUUGGUGUCCCUCUGUUCUUACAUUGAUUCCAAGGUUUUUGAAACAGAAGGGAAAUGGAAGGGAUCGGACAAAGUACGCAAUAUCCCUUUGCCAGAGGAGCUUAUGUUUAAUUUGGAUCAGAGGGUGCUAAAUGAUAUUGCUUGUGCAAAGGACAAAUAUUACAAGCUGACAUCUGACUUAGAAGUUGUGAAUUAUGCUUUUACAAUUUUUGGGAAAGCACUGAUUAAGAGACACAAUCUUCAUCCUGAUACAUUUGUCCAGAUUGCUCUCCAAUUAACCUAUUACAGAUGUCAUGGACACCUUGGUUGCUGUUAUGAAACUGCAACAACCAGACAAUUUUAUCAUGGCCGGACAGAAACUAUGAGACCAUGUACCAAUGAAAUAAUAGAAUGGUGUAAAUCCAUGCUAGAUCCUACAGUCACUCAAGGCCAAAGAAAACACCUAAUGUUAAAGGCAUUUGCAAGACAUAAUAAACUGAUGAAAGAGUGUGAGAAUGGAAGAGGUUUUGAUCGUCAUCUCUUAGGCCUUCAACUCCUGUCCAAAGAGGAUAGCCUUCCAAUGCCAGAACUCUUCUUAGAUCCUGCUUUCACUAGAAGUGGGGGAGGUGGAAAUUUUGUUCUUUCAACUAGCCUGGUAGGGUACACAAGAAUUGCAGGAGCUGUUGUUCCAAUGGUAAAGCAUGGUUAUGGCUUGUUCUACAGAAUUAGAGAUGACAGGAUUGUUGUUGCCUGCAGUGCCUGGAAGUUAUGUCCAGACACAGAUGCUGAAAAUUUAUCUAAGGAAUUGUUCCAGUCUUUUCAAGACAUAAUAAAAUUGAUGUCCACAGCCCAGAUGUAGAAAAAUAUUGGAGCUCCAGUGCCAUUUUUUUUUUUACAGUUCCAUAUCUAUUGAAAUUGAUAGAAAAUAUUGAAAAAUUGGAAUAUGAAAGCUUUACUUAGUGGACAUGGUAUUUGACAGUUAUAGCUAGGCAUAAAUCAUGAAAAAUUCUACUGCAAUAACAAUGCAAUUUCUUUGAAUAAUCUGCAGCUGCAAUGCAAAAUACGAUUAGAACUAUGCAAUUAUAAACUAAACUUCUAAAAUGCAAGAUUUAUUGAAUUUUUCUAUAGGAAAAAAGUUAAUUACAUAAUCUUACUAGCAAUAAACAAUGCAAAAUCAUGUUCAAAUGAAUUCAGUAUUUUAAGUUAGCGUUUUCAGAAGUACACUGGGGAAAACUUGCUUUCAUUUGCUACAAUGGAAAUUUGUAUUUUGAGCAACCAUUGCAGCAGUCAUGUUUUCGUUCUAUAUGAAAUGUGUAUCAUUGCUUUUUCUUGCCUUCAAAAGUAAUCAAGGAAAAAGUAUUAGAAUACUUAUGAAUUUAUUUCAGGUAAUUUGGGGCUGUUCUUGUGUUUCAUACAAUGGGAUUGUUUAAAUGCAGGCUUCUCUAUAAACUGAAAGAAGUUAUAAUUAAAGUUACUGUAUUUUCUUGCCAUUUCAAAUGUAUAAAUCAGUAUGAUUCUCAGGACAACAUGCAUUCUUUGUAUCAUAAAUGAGAAACUCUAUGAAUAAUGCAAUUUAUUCUUGAAAUAAAGCCAUUCCAAAGAGCAAAAUAUGUGGAUGUUAUUCAUCAAUGCUUACUUACAUUGUUCCAUUAGGAUGGGAGGGCUGGUGUAUUCUUAAUUAUUCUACCACGCAAGAUAUGUAGUUAACAAGCAUUCAAAAGUUUUUGAAAGAAUAAACACCGAAGAGUAAUAUACCUUAAAAUUCAGCUGAUUUCAAACUGAAGGAAAUCAGUAUAAUAUUACCUAAAUUAAUGUAACUGACAAGUUUGGCAAUAUUUAACAUUACAUAUUAGCCUGCAUACUGGAUUCCAGGCUGCAGAACUUUUUAGCUAAUGUGGAGCUUCCUUUACUUCUUUCCCUGUGGAGGGAUGAAUUGUGAUUUGGUAUAAGAUGUUAAAAGGAGGCCAAGGCAUGCUGCUUUCCUUAGUACAUGUCCAUUUUAGUUGCAGGUCUGUUUAUUUUUGCACUCUGCGUAUCUGUUACUAGUUUUGAAGAGCCACCAAUACAUAACGUAGUAAAAGUUUUUUUUCAAAAUUAUAUUUGGAUUGUUGCAGUGCCAGUUAGUAAGAAAGGUGAAUAGCCCAGCUGGUUUCCAUGCUUCAGGGAGGACCAGAUCCUGGGUUAUCUCAAUCUGAACUCAGCAUCUUUACCACCCCACCAUGCUGAAAGGCAGAGUUUGUAUGCUUGCAGUUACAGUAGGUUUUCAUUUCUAAAGACAAUAAUUCUUCCUUACUUAUAA